GACUAAAUGUAAAUGUAAAUGUACCUGUGCCACCCUCCCCCUUCCUUUUGUUUCACAGAAGAGCUGAGUGACUCCAGUGUGACCAGUACUGAUGUCUCCCAGGCUGCUCAUGUCACUGUGAGCCACAAUGACCAGAUCACCGCCCUCACCCAACUCCCAGCGGCCUCCAGCGACGCACACAAUUGCACGUCAGGGACUGAGCACACAGCAGAGAGCCAGCCGGUCUGGGAGAUGGAGGUGGUGAUGCAGGACCAAGCAGCCCAGGGCCUAGACAAGCCCGACCACAAGGCCUCCUGUGUGGACGUGGGACGAGAGCAGGACCUGACGGAAGACGGCGUGGGGCAGCUGGGCAUGGUUGCAGAAGGCUUAGGGGCAGACGCGGUACCCUCGGGGUAUGAGUGUGUUGUCGUGACACAAGCCCUGAUGGACAGGCCGACCGUCCAAAGUGGAGAUGGGUCUUGCGAUGCUGGGGACACCCUGUUGCAGGCGAAUCCUGAGGGCGCCAUUCCUGUGCAGGGCCAGGCGGGGGAGCUGUUUGAGCCUCAGACACUGCAGACUGUCGUUAGCAGCUGUGAGCUGCCUGAGCAGAGGGGCACUCUGGAAGCAUCACAGCUCAUAAUCAUCACUGGCCCCAGUUAUGAAGCGCUGGCAUCAGAGGGCAUCCAGCUCAACAUGGGCUCCAGUGAUGGCGAAGAGGUCACUUGCACUGUCAUAGAGGGCAUGGCCUACAACCAGAUGUGUCAGGCGGAAGCUGGCCUUAGGGGUUCCAUUACCGACUCGACUGAUGCUGUCGCAGCUCUGGCAGAGAAGCAGCUGCUCCAGCCCAGCGAGGAGGUGCACAGCCUCAGGAGUCCCAGCACCAAGGAGCUGCAACGUGGCCUGACGAGGUCGAAGAGGAGGCGGCGAGGUCCUGUCAUAGAGGCAGAUGGGAUGCUGAAGAUGUUCCACUGUCCUUAUGAGGGCUGCAGUCAGGUGUAUGUGGCCAUCAGUAGCUUUCAGAACCACGUCAACCUGGUCCACAGGAAAGGACGGACGAAGGUGUGCCCCCACCCAGGCUGUGGCAAGAAGUUCUAUCUCUCCAAUCACCUGCAUCGCCACAUGAUCAUCCACUCGGGUGUUCGAGACUUCAUCUGUGAGACGUGUGGGAAGUCUUUUAAGAGGAAGAACCACCUGGAGGUGCAUCGACGCACACACACAGGAGAAACCCCUCUUCAGUGUGAGAUCUGUGGGUACCAGUGUCGGCAGCGCGCAUCCCUCAACUGGCACAUGAAGAAGCACACCCCGGAGGCCCACUACAACUUCACGUGUGAGCACUGCGGUAAACGCUUCGAGAAGCUGGACAGUGUCAAGUUCCACAAGCUCAAGAGCCACCCGGAGAAACAGGCCGUCUGAGGAAAAUAAACACUAAAGGGGCAUUGCAGAUGCCACAAGGACUAGCAAAGAGGUGGAUGGAUAGAAUGAUAGAAAAGAAGAAGAAGAAGAAGGAAAGAAAGAACGAGAGGAAGAACUGGUCGGACAGGGUCGAAAGUGCAAUAUGGAAAGACGUGACUGAGAUGAACCAGGGGAAUGGAAAGGUGUGAAGGGACAAUAUAAACCUUCCAGAGAGUGUCCAGUCUCGGUGCCCACAGGCAUCCUGAUUGAGAACGUCCUGUGCGGUCCCCUACCUCUGAUGGUGCUAGACUGGGCUGGACAUGGCCUCCACUGGCUAGAGCAGGGCUCAGCUCUGUGGUUUGCCUAGGCUGUGCGUCUGGGGCAUGUGGCCUAAUCCAGAGGGCUUCUCUCAGAAGAGAGAGAACCUCUGCACUUCCUGUUUGACAACAUCCACAUAAAAGGAACAUGAGACCACUGUGACCGUUACACCUGAGUUAAUAUGAUGAUUUUCAGCACAACAUCCUGAUGGGACAUUUAACAAAAAUAAUCUGACAUCUUCAGUAAUUUCAAAAUCCAUAAUUAACUCUCUUUUAUUAGUAGGGAUGUCACGAUACCAGACAUUUUGUGGUGGACAUCAAUGGACAACAGGGCUCUUGUGCAACUGAAGUUCUUCUAGUAUAGUACACAUCUUCGAAUGGCCCACUUAACCUAAACCUUGCUUUUGAAGAGAUGCAGUUCAAAGUCAGAGACUUUCCUCUGACAGUCACACUCCAUCAAGUGGCAGUGUUGUAACAAAAAAAAUGUAUACAUGGACAUCUCCAUCUAAACCUUCCCAUUUUGAAACCUCUAGAAGCUGUGUGAGCUGCCUUUACUCUCAGGAAAUGUAAACCAAAUAUGUCUUGGUUUGUAUGCUGGUAUCUGUGACUGCCUUUCCACCCAUCCAUUCAUUCAUUCUCUAGUGUCUACAGUGGUCUAGAGUGGGGCUUGCAGUAGCGGUUUCACCUUGUUUAUAAUUUUGAGAAAUGAAAUGAACAAACAACAUAAUUUAUAUGAUUUUCUUUUGUUCUCUGCUUGUAUCAUAGCAAUGAAAAAUAUGUAAGAUAUGUGAAUAUAAUGUGAAUAGAGAAUGUACAGGUACCCUCAAAGAGAAUUGUUUUGGAUAAAUAAAUAAUAAGACACUAUGGAAAGUUGCACAAGCUUUUUCUUGAGGGGCAAGGUGGGGCGCAUAGGUACUUAAGGAAAACGAACAUCACCAUCCAUUAUUGCUUACUGUAGUUCUUUCGUCAGCCUAGUUCUUGGAGUUCUUGGGUCAACAGUUGUAAUGUUUUUUACAAGUAUUGUGAAACAGAACAGUCUGUCCGUAUGCGGCCAUAAUGCCAUCUCAUGGCUCUGUAAAGCUCCUUGACAAUUUCAGUUGUCAGUAGAGCGAUAUAAAUAAAAAAAGAAAUGAACUGAA